AUGAAGUGGACUGAUAAUGUGGUUAGGCUUCUUAUAGCUAUUGUUGCUUGCGUGGGUGAUGAUGGUACGCUUGAAAGUGGCGAGGGGCUUAAGAGGAAAUCUGGGAUUUUACAGAAGAAGGGUAAGUGGAAGACUGUAUCGAAAAUAAUGAUUAGUAAAGGUUGUCACGUGUCUCCUCAGCAGUGUGAGGACAAGUUUAAUGACUUGAACAAGAGGUAUAAGAGGUUGAAUGAUAUUCUUGGGAGGGGAAACUAG